GACUCCGGCGCAGACGGCGCGCAUCCUUCCCUGAAAAUCGCUGCUAUUUAGAUCUACCCCUUCGGAGUCCAGUCUGUCGCGGGAACAAAUUGAACACCAUAACAUCCACAAGUUAAUAAUGGAAGUACAAAGCCAGACAGAGAUUCCUGACUCUUUUACUGAAACAAACAUUGAUAGAGAAUUGCUGGAAACAGGUGAUCUUAAGAAACCUAGUAGAAUCCAGCCUUAUCAGUGUGUUGAAUGUGGGAAGGAAUUUACAACGUCAAGUCACCUGCAGAGACAUCAGAAGAUUCAUGGUGGAAUGAAGCCUUAUCAGUGUGGUGAAUGUGGGAAAAGAUUUACACAGUCAGAUAACCUGAAGAGACACAUGAGGGUUCACAGUGGAAUCAAACCUUAUCAGUGUACUGAAUGCGGGAAAGAAUUUGCACAUUCAUGUAACCUGCAGACACACAUGAUGAGUCACAGUGGAAUCAAGCCUUAUCAGUGUGCUGAAUGUCAGAAAGAAUUUACACAAUCGGAUCAACUGCAGAUACACAUGAGGAUUCACAGUGGAAUCAAACCUUAUGAGUGUGUUGAAUGUGGGAAAGCAUUUGCAGCAUCAGGAAAGCUGCAGAGACAUAUGAGGUCUCACACUGGAAUCAAGCCUCAUCACUGCCUUGUGUGUAAUAAAACAUUCACACAGUCAAGUAGCCUACAGAUACACAUGCGGAUUCACAGUGGAAUCCAGCCUUAUGAAUGUGUUGAAUGUGGGAACAAAUUUACAUACUCAGCUAAUCUGCAAAGGCACAUGAGGAUUCACACUGGAGUCAAGCCUUAUCAGUGUGGUGAAUGUGGGAAAAGAUUUACACACUCUCAAAGCCUCGAGAAACACAUGAGGGUUCACACUGGAAUCAAGCCUUAUCAGUGUGUUGAAUGUGGUAAAGAAUUUACUGAGUCAGGUGCCCUUCAGAAACACAUGAGGGUUCACACUGGAAUCAAGCCUUACGAGUGUGUCGAAUGUGGAAAAGCAUUUGCACAAUCAUGUAACCUGCAGACACACAUGACAAUUCACAAUGGAAUCAAGCCUUGUAAGUGUGUUGAAUGUGGGAAAGAAUUUACACAAUCACGUUACCUGCAGAGACACAUGAUGAGACACAGUGGAAUCAAGGCUUAUCAGUGUGUUGAAUGUGGGAAAAGAUUUACACAGUCAAGUGCCCUGCAGAGACACAUGGGAAUUCACAGUGGAAUCAAGCCUUUUCUAUGUGAUGAAUGUGGGAAAGGAUUUACACAGUCACGUUACCUGCAGAGACACAUGAAGAUUCACAGUGGAAAGAAGCCUCACCAGUGUGAUUAAUGUGGGAAAGGAUUUACACAGUCAGGUGCCAUGCAGAGACACAUGAAGAUUCACAGUGGUAUCAAUUGACUGGAUCGAGCAGACUGAAAUAUCAUUAGUGUAAUGAGUGUUUACAUACUGAAUAAUAACAAUCAUUACCUGGAGAAGAUUGUACUCCAUCUGUUCUAUGUACCGGUACAUGAUAUAACUGCAUAUAUUAGAGACUCCCUAUGUUUAACGUUUAAAAAAACUUUUCUUCAACAUUGUUCAAGCAUCUUCCCGAGGCAAUUGAGUUAACUGACUGUAAAAGUCCAGUUUCCAUUCUUGUUGAACAAGGCUGAAAAUCCUGGGCUCGAUCAUAGCGCUAGCAGUGAUGAAUACAAGUUUUGUCCCUUCUAUGCCCCUCCUAUCGACCAAUCAGAUUUCACCUCUACUAUCACUUGUAUUUGCCUCAAACAAAGACGAUCUGAUCAAUGAUCAUGAUCUGUGAUGUACUAAGACCUGUCUUACCUCACGAAGUGCAUCAAAUCAUGUGAGGUCUUUGAAUGAACACAUGAAAAGGUUUCGAAAAUCUCUGUCGAUGCCCAGUUGACUGUAAAAAUCAUAUGCAAAUCCUGCAGUCAACUGAAAUUUGUACGUUGAAAUCCAUGUUGUUUACGAAAUGUAUGUCAAUGUCGUUACAUGAUUUUGAUUGGACUAAGCAUAGACUCGUUAGUCCAGCCAAAAUAUAACUCCAUAAUCCCAGCCCAAUUUCGGCAAUUGUGGAAACUGGACUUUUACAGUCUGUUAACAUGGUUAACUUUGUUGCCUUGGGAAGAUGAUUUUCAAGGAAAUGGGCAAUAUGUAGUGUGGGCUAAUCCAUCAUCAAGGCAUUUUAGAACAGCUUGUUACUCUAUUAUCAUGACUAUACAACAUCUUUGAUCAUCUACACAUGGCUAAAGUUGUGAAAGUACAUCUGUCUAUGUUUAAUAUGUUAUUCAUUUUGAUAGAUAUGCACAUGAGCAUUAAUUAGGCACAAACUACUUUUUCUAAUAUGUGCUCCAUCUAAAAAUGACUGGUGUGGUUCAUUGAUUGAGACACAACAAACAUGACAAAAGUGUCUGUAAACCAAGAAACAUAAUGCCUCGCACUAUCCUCACACAGAUGAAACUUGCAAUCAGUACUGACUAUUGGUAUUACGUGAAGAAUUGUAAAACCAUUCAUUUCAACAAAGCUGAAAAGUAUCAGCACCCAGCCCGCGCCAUGAAUUGGACAGUCACAUUAGGAACAGAAAAACUGCCAACCACACUGACCGCAAUCCGUGCCUGGGGUUUCCACCCCAGGUGAUGUCCUAUGACCACGAUGACGUAUUAGAUUUCUGAAGGUUAUGGAAGGCGAGAUUCAUCAAAGCUCAAACAAACAUCAAAUGCCCCUUCCUCUUCAUCACCCUGUUAUGGUCAAAAUAGGGAAUUGCAUCAGUAUAAUUUUUGUCGUUGAUGCGUCAAAUUAGGAAAUGUCCUCGAUGUCCGCCAUUAAACCUUUUGAUAGCUUUGUAUGUUGUAACUCUGAUUAAUUUUUUUUUCGGCAAUAGUUGUUUGACGCUCUUUCAAAUCAUGCCUAAAUGUGAUAUCCUCCAAAUUUCACAUAGAUCAUGUAGAUCAAAUAGCCUGUCUCUCAACAAUGAGAAGUCCAUUUUUGGUACCUCGGUUUCGGAUUGCGAUACAGAUACACCUUUAUAUUAAUCAGUUUGUGUGUGUGGGCAGGAUUACAUUUCAGUUGGCAAUAUACAGUACUUAGUUAUUAGUAUGUAACCCACAGCACACAAGUGUCAUGUCGUAUAUCAGUGUAAAGGUAUAUGUUCCAUCACCAGCUGGUUUAAUUCUCUUUGCAUCAUGAUAAGUAUUUAAUCAUACACCAUCAAAUUGUGUAUGGACCCAACCCUAGUUGUUAUUGGCGAUGUUCUUGUGGAAACAUCUUCAGGAAAUGCAGAAACAUGGUAAAGGAAUGUGACAACUCUUUUAUGUUUUCAAUGAACACCAUAUCAUUCGCAACUUAAUAAUGAAAGUACAAAGUCAACCACACAAUCCUGCUCUGUUACUGAAACAAAUGUAAUCUUGAACAGUGGGAGAGAGUUGCUAGAGCCAGGUUAUGUCGAGAAAGAACCUGUCACUGACAUGCUGGAAACAGGUGACGUCAAGAAAUACAAAGGAAUCAACCCAUUGGGAAGAGAUUUACACAGUCAGAUAACCUGACGGCACACAUGAGGAUUCACCUUGGAAUCCAGCCUUAUCAGUGUGGUGAAUUUGGGAAAAGAUUUACAGAGUCAGAUAACCUGAUGGCAUACAUGAGGAUUCACCUUUGAAUCCAACCAUAUCAGUGUGGUGAAUGUGGGAAAAGAUUUACACAGUCAGAUAACCCUAAGAUAGAUAAGAGGGUUCACUGUGGAAGCAAGCCAUAUAAGUGUGUUGAAUGUGGGAAAGUUUUUGCACAAUCAUCUCACCUGCAGACACAUAUGACAAUGCACAGUGGAAUCAAGCCAUAUCAGUGGAUUGAAUGUGAGAAAGCAUUUGCACAAUCAUUAACCUGCAGACACAAAUGAGGAGUCAGUGGAAUUCAGCCCUAUCAAUGUGUUGAAUGUGAGAAUGAAUUUACAGAGUCAAGUUCCCAGUGGAGACACAUGAGGAUUCACAGUGGAAUGCUAAUUUGAGUGUAUUAAAAUAUAAUUUGUGUAAUGACUAUACCUGUAUACCUGAUAAAUAAUAAUCAAAUUGUUAUUGUGUAAUCCUUUAAUCCAAUCAAUCAGUAUGUGGAGUAUCCAAUCCUCUUACUGACGACAUUCGCGAGGUGUCUCUUCGUGCUGCUGAUGAGAUGCCAGUAUCUUCCGGUUCUGAUGAU